AUGCCUCCAACUCUCCAUCUCGUUCGCCACGCAGAAGGCUGCCAUAACGUCAAUCAUGCCGUCCACAUCCAUGACGCAACUCUGACUCACAAUGGUAAAUUGCAAUGUCUUCAGCUACAAAAAUCCUUCCCUCAUCACAAUACGAUCGACUUGGUGCUCUCCUCUCCUCUGCGUCGUGCAAUCCAAACGGCAAUUUUGAGCUUCGGCCCAACAUUGGCUCGCCCGGAAGUGCCGUAUUUGGUUAUCCCGGCUGCGCAGGAAGUGAGCAAUUUGAAUUGUGAUGUGGGACACCCGAGGAAUUUAUUAGAGAUCAGUAUUUCGCAGUUAUUUGGUGAAGAGAACUUAGGGUUUAGUUUGGGGAAAAUUAAUCUUGAUGCUGUGGAAGACGGCUGGAAUUCGAAGACAGGGUACUGGGCUUCUGAAAAAGCCGCAAUAGAGAAACGUGCGGCGGAUCUGAGAACAUGGCUCUUCCAACGCCCUGAAUCGCAUGUCCUCCUCGUCACACAUGGCGCAUUCCUUCAUUACCUGACAGAGGACUGGACUGGAGAUGAUCCAGUAAGAGGAACUGCCUAUCUGAACUGCGAAGUUCGCCAAUUUAACUUCACUCCCUCCUCAUCAAAAUACGAGGCCCAUAUCGUGGAGGCUGCUGAGUCUAAAAAGUCAAGAGGUGCAAGUCACCCAGAGGAUGACCCCCAUGUUCUAGAAGAACUGGGGGAAUUAGAGAAAGUGGAGCCAAGCAGGCUUUGAUAUUCUCAUAGUGGAAGCUUUUUCAGUGAUAUAUGCGUAGACAGUUAAUAGAGUAGAAAGUUUGAAUUUGAGCAAUAAAAU